GUAAAUCCUGCCACAGGUUGAACAAAGCGAUCGAAUUAAAAUGAAGGUUACUCAACAAUCUUAGCUUAUUGAUUUGUUAGAUAUUCCUAACAUGUGAAACAGUAAAAUUAGAAAUCCAACACAGUCAUAAUAGAAAUCCAACACAGCUAUAAUGAGAAAUUUGGUUCAAACUCUCUGUAGCAGACGCCUUCAGUUAGUCUCGGCCACCAGACAACCAUCAUGGCUGCCCUUGCACAGUCGAGUUUUACACCAGAAACACAAGUUGUCCACAUCAACCACAAGAUAUUUCAACUUGAAUAAAAUUGAACAGAUUCGAAAUGGAACAUUGAGUGUAUCAGAAGAAGUUCGUCAGGCGUUACACGAACAUGGACCAGUGGUAGCUCUAGAAAGUACCAUUAUAACACAUGGUAUGCCCUACCCUCAUAAUAUAAAGACUGGGCUAGAAGUAGAAGAUAUAAUAAGAAAAAAUGGCUGUAUCCCUGCUACUAUAGGUGUUUUAGAUGGUAGAGUACAUGUUGGUCUGGACAAGACACAGUUAGAGCAGCUGGGAUCUAAAGGAAAAGACCUGGUUAAGAUUUCCAGGAGAGAUUUCCCUUACGUGUUAGCUAAGAAAUUAAGUGGUGGAACCACAGUAUCAGGAACCAUGUUGGCAUCUCAUUUGGUUGGUAUACAGAUAUUUGCGACUGGGGGCAUUGGUGGAGUACAUCGAGGUGCUGAACAGACAAUGGAUAUCAGCGCUGAUCUUACAGAGUUAGGCCGGACACCGGUCACUGUGGUCUCAGCUGGGGUUAAGUCCAUUCUGGACAUCGAGAAGACUCUAGAGUACUUGGAAACUCAGGGUGUUUGUGUGGCCACGUUUGGUCAGGAUAAAGAUUUCCCAGCAUUCUUUGUUCCGUCCAGUGGUCUGAAAGCUCCGUAUAAUAUCCGUGAUGAGAUAGAGGCUGCAGAAAUGAUCUACAGUAAGUACUACGGUCAAAAUAAAAUGAAGUUAGACAGUGGAAUAUUAAUCGGAGUUCCCUUACCAGACUCUUACAAUGAAUAUGGUCAGCAGAUAGAAACAGCUAUUGAUACUGCGCUUCACGAAGUUAGUUUAAAGAAAAUACAAGGUAAAGAAGUUACACCGUAUAUUUUACAGAGAGUUCACGAACUUACAGGCGGAGAAUCUCUUCAUUCUAAUAUUGCUUUGAUUAAAAAUAACGCUGAUAUUGGAAGCAAGAUUGCCUGGCAGUUGACCAAACUACAGAAUUCUACUAGAGUUCCAGGUAACCAUGGCAACAACCGAAAUGGACCUUAUAUUCAAACGAAGAAGACAAAGACCAAAAAGAAACGUCCAAUUGUAAUAGGAGGGUCUGUGGUGGAUUUCAACGCCAGGCUGAAGAGUGAAGAACUCCAGGGCAACGGUUCCACAAAUCCUGGAAUUAUUCAUCAGAGUUUUGGUGGAGUGGGUAGGAAUAUCGCAGACUGUCUGGCCAGACUUGGUGCCGAUCCAUUGUUCAUUUCUACCAUCGGAGAAGACUGCCAUACAGAGAACUUUCUAGCUCACUGUGGACAUUUGGAUUUACGAGGAAUAAGAAGACAGCCCAACUGUUCUACAGCUACGUAUUGUGGUGUCCUGGGUCCAAGCGGUCAGUUACAGCUAGGUAUAGGUGAUAUGGACGUCCAUCAACUGGUCACUAAUCAAAUGAUCUAUGAAUACGAAGAAGAUAUAAAAGAAUCCUCCAUUGUCAUUGUUGAUGGUAAUAUAUCACCGGUUGCCAUAGAAACAGCCUGCCAGAUUAGCACUGUUUACAAUGUACCAGUGUUAUUUGAGCCUACAGAUAUUUUGAAAGCCAGCAGGCCGUUUUUGACGUCUGCUCACAAACAACUGACCUAUACCUCCCCUAAUAUCAACGAAUUACAGAUUAUGAGUACCGGUUUUACUAACAAACCUCUUUCUUCACAGGACUUGCACAGUAAUGAAUUCCACAAUAAUGAUGAUGUCAUAGCUUUUUGUAUGCCGCAUUGUUUACGAUUGGUUGAAAAAAUUCCUGUUGUCAUAGUAACACUUGGCCAAUAUGGAGUUCUUUUGUGUAAGAAGAUGCAGAAUAAUACAACGAAAACAACCAUUUCAUUUCAGGUGGAGGGAAAGUUAGAAGCCAAACAUUACCCAGCAUACAAUGUAGCACCUGAAGAAAUCGUCAGCGUAUCAGGAGCAGGAGAUUGUUUCAUUUCUGCCUUUGUUAAUGGUGUCAUCCAUGGCCAUCACCAUGACGACUGUGUAAAAUUAGGACUUUUUGCUGCAGAGCUGUCUUUACGAUCUUCUGAAGCAGUCCCGCAGACAAUCCAUCCUGAAGACUUUUCUCUAUCAAAAAUGGAUUCCGUACUGGCAACAAGAUCAAUUCAAGUUGCCUAA